UCUAUCAUUAAGCUUCACAGAAACCAAUGCCUCUUCCCAGCCUGAAGCUGAUGCGUAAGCCCUAAUUGAGGCUUCUACGAAUACCGGCGUUGGCACAAUGGAACCCAGUUGCAGGGAUGUCGGCGACACCAACCCUGACAUAGCUGGACUUGGAAUUGUGCUUGCAUUUGCAAUCCAGGGAGGCUUAUCGGCGAUCCUCUCUGUAAUAUUGUCUAUCGACGUCCGGGCCCCUCGCCUCCUGGAACGUCAUUUUGCAACCCUUGCGCGGAUCCUCAACACAUAUCUAGGUGUGGCGUCCAGCGACCAAAAGCAGGCCCUGAUAGAGAAAACACUGGAGAGAAUGAGCGACGCCCAAAUUAUAUACGGAAUUUCGCUUUUGAUUGCUUCAUUCACUCAACACGAUACCUUAAGUCUAUAUCAUUAUCGGAUAAUAUAUCACACAGCCACUUCUGGAGGCUAGUAUAUCUAUAACAGCUGCUUUACUCGGUUCCCACCUAAGCAGCACAGUUAC